AACAUACUUAUGAAACUUUGGAAGGCAACCGAUAUGAAUAUUAAGGGGUGCGACUGCCACGCAAGCGCGCGAAUCACCCUCCAACGGUGAAAUUUCCUUUUGAAAAUUCCACCGGCAAAAGGAAAUGUCCCUAAUUCACCUGAAACCGCCGUAUUACGGCCAUUCACCACCAAUUCGCCACCACAAACUCACCGUCCCCUACCAAUCCACCAAACCAAUUAACAUCAUCUUCAAUUUCCCAAUUUCCACAUCCGCUUUAUCAAUCAAAUCAUCAUCCCCACGCGCCGCUGCGAACUCCGGCAAAUUCACCUCUUUAGCUCCUCUUAAACCCUAUCUCCUGUCGGAAUGGCAACCAAUCCUCUGUGGAUGGAUAUGCAGUGCAAUAUCCGUUUACUCUCUCUCCAAAAUUAUUCCCAAAGUAGGGAAAUUCUCGUCUCUCAUGAAUCCUCCGUUGGAUGUUCUGAGGUUGAGAGAGGAGUGUUUGGUCUUAGGCGCUUUGUUUGUCGUUCGACUCAUUGGUAAUUAUCUGCAGCAAGCGCUUCUAUGGGAAGCUGCGUUGAAUUGUGUGUAUAAGAUGAGGGUUUAUGUUUUCCGUAAGGUUUUGCAGAGAGAUUUAGGGUUUUUUGAGGGAGGGAGUGGGAUUGCUGCUGGAGAUGUUGCCUACAGGAUUACUGCUGAGGCUUCUGAUGUUGCUGAUACUGUUUAUUCUCUCUUGAAUACGAUUGUUCCAAGUAGUCUUCAGUUAUCAGCAAUGGCAAUUCAGAUGUUGGUCAUCAGCCCUGUUCUAUCAUUACUUUCUGCCUUGGUGAUUCCAUUGAUGGGUUUUAUGAUUGGUUACCUGGGCGAAAAACUUCGUGACGUAUCUAACAAGGCACAACUUGCUGUUGCUUCUCUCUCUUCCUAUCUGAAUGAGAUCCUCCCAUCAAUUCUUUUUGUGAAGGCAAACAAUGCAGAGUCCUGUGAAAGCAAAAGGUUCCAGUCACUUGCUUUUGCUGAUCUAUCCGCGACUAUGGGAAAGAAGAAGUUGAAGGCAUUUAUUCCUCAGUUGGUACAAGCAAUAUAUUUUGGCGUCUUAUUCACAUUUUGCACUGGCACGCUGGUAGUUUCAAAAGGUUCUUUUGAUUGCUCUGCCAUGGUUUCUUUUGUAACAUCCCUAGUUCUGCUGAUCUCCCCAAUCCAGGAUGCGGGGAAAGCAUACAAUGAAUUAAAACAAGGAGAGCCAGCAAUUCAGCGCUUAUUUAAUUUGACUAGCUUUGAACCCGAGGAAACUGUGAACCCAAAUGCUGUUGACUUACAUUGUGUCGCUGGAGAAGUAAAAUACUAUAAUGUCUCUUUUCGAUAUGGAGACAAUGGACCUCUUGUAUUGAAAAACUUGGACUUGCAUAUUAAAUCUGGAGAAAUCGUUGCUCUGUGUGGACCAUCAGGAGGAGGAAAAACGACUCUUGUAAAACUCCUGCUUCGCCUAUAUGAUCCUUUACAAGGUUCCGUUCUGAUUGAUGGUUUGGAUAUUAGAGGCAUACGAUUAGAGAGUUUGAGGAGACAUGUUGGUCUGGUCUCUCAAGAUACAACAUUAUUUUCUGGAACUGUUGCCGAGAACAUUGGAUAUAGGGAUAGAAUGACUGGUAUUGAUAUGGAGAGAGUGAAGCUUGCUGCAAGAACUGCAAGUGCAGAUGAAUUUAUUGAAUCGCUUCCUCUUAGCUAUGAGACAAAUGUUGGACCUAGGGGCUCAAUUUUUAGUGGAGGGCAGAAGCAAAGAAUAGCUAUUGCUCGGGCACUUUAUCAGAAUCCAUCUAUUCUGAUUUUGGAUGAAGCUACUUCGGCAUUAGACAGCAAAUCAGAGUUGUUGGUGAGACAAGCUCUGCAGCGCUUGAUGCAAGAUCGUACUGUACUAGUGAUUGCUCACCGCUUGGAAACAGUUCUAAUGGCUGAACGAAUUUUCCUUUUAGAGGAUGGGUGCUUGCGGGAGGUUCCUCGCUCUGCUCUUUUGGACGGUCAAAAUGGCUCACUGGGAUCUCUGUCUUUCACGAUAUGAUGUUUGUAUGAAGCUAAAGGUCUGCCUCUUGGAAACGAAUAUGCAUUUUCGCGUCGAAACCCUUUUCUUGGUUAGUUGGAUACAUCCAUGAACGCCAUAAACCACCAAGAAUUAGCCAGGGGCAAUAUAUUCGGUAGUCUAUAAGUAGCUGUUUAUGGCACACGAGCUCAAUGUUGUUCUACUUGAUUAGUUUUCUAGUUUUUCUGUUUUACAUGCUGUAUGGGUCGAUCCGACCCCACGAUAAUUAACGAGGCUAAUCCCGUCUUAAGCUAA